AUGGAGACAGUAGGCAUUGAAUCAUUUGGGGGGACGCUUCCAGAAGUCCCUGAGAAGGAUGCUGCAAUUUCUUCUCCAACAAGCGAUAACAGAUAUUCCGGUUGGAAGGGAUUAGACGAUUAUCUGAUCCAAUCUGGGUAUAAUGGGUAUCAGGAAUUUUACGAUUAUAUGAGUGAUGAAGGGAUGACGUGCGAUGAUAAUAUAUAUCGGGAUCUGAUUCUAAAGAAGCUGAAAGUUUUAAAUCCAGAAGAAAAAUGGGCCAAUAUUAUUUUAAAGUACGAUCAGUUAGUAGCCACUGGCUUGAAGUUCGAUAGGGACGAAUUGGAUUCAAAUGUGGAACUAAAGUUUCUCCUGUUUCUGAGAGUAACGAAUGCCCUUAAGAUAUCUGAUUUGUUAUAUGAUGAUUCUGAUGACAAGAUUGAGGAUGUAUCCACGGCAUUGAACUCCAGGAUGCUCAGUCUCACAGGGUUGGCAAACUCUCCUCAUGAAGAUCAAGUUAAACUAGCAUUGAUCAAACUGAGCCAUAUUCAGUCGGAUAUACCUUCUCUCUUUGUUUUGAAAACUGCUGAUUAUCUUUGUACUCUUUCAGGGGACCCUGAGCUCAACCAAGCUUUGAUGAAGGAUGCUUUCAAGGUCUUGUUUGCUGUCAACUUCCAGUUCAACAAUUAUUUUCAAUUUGCUGGAAGUGAUCCGAACGAACUUUUCAAGUUUCAGCUACUAAGAGUGUUAGAAGCCAAUUGCCCUAAGCUAUUUGGAAAAUUGGUCGAAAAAUUGGGCGACAAUCUGAUUGAUUUCUUACAGGAAUGGGUUAACGAGGAUUCCUUUUGGAUAAAGAUUCUUGAAUCCGACCAUUUUUCUAAUGUUAUUGAUGAUAUAAUUCUUCAAAGUUUCAAAGUUCUUGUCCUGUAUAUUGUCCAAUCUUUGUAUUCGACUCAAGACGUUAUCAUAGAGAAGUUGGGAAUACUAACCGAAAAGGAAGAAUACAUUCAACUUCUAAACGAGUUUAUCUCGAUUUCCGAGAGUUCUUUUACCAAUUUGAGUUUCCAGAAUUUGUUCACAUACGAAGCCGAAUUUAACUCUCUUAAACAACCCUUGAGUGAGCAUAUCACAAAGAAAUCAAGGCUAAUACGGAGUUUGAAGACCAAGAAUCACCAAUUAAUGGUGAAUAAACAGAGGAAACAGACCCAAUUCAAUGAUUUAUUGGCAAAUUACCAACAGUUGAACGAAGAAAAGAUGAACAAUGAGCUUUUAGUAGAAAGGCUGAAUCGGGAAAAUUCUAAUUUGACAAAAGAGAUACAAGCUAAACAAGACCAGCUGGACGGUUACCUCUCAAAUUACGACGUGAUCAAGACUACCAACGAUCGUAAUAAGGAAAUGGAUCUUAUGAAUAAUGGUCUGAAGAAAGAUAUGGAGCAAAUCACCAAAAAGAUUCAGGAGCUACAAGUAAAACUGAAAAGGUAA